AUGAAGUCGUUCUUCGUGAUAUUCUGUGCAACUGUUCUGACCGCAUAUGCGGUUCCACUUAAGGAUGAACUUGACCACACUGGAUAUCCAAGAUUCGUAGAAAUACCAGGUGGUGAUGGAAAUAUGCAUCUUGUUGACUUGGAAGAACCCGUUGACUACGAACUUUUAGAAGAUGUAGCAAGAAAUCCAAAUAAUAAUAGAUAUCUUCUCUUCACAAGGAAAAAUCCAAGAAAUUCUCAAAACUUAGUUAUGAAUGACGCAAACAGUAUCACUAGGUCUAACUUUAACGCUAAAGUACCAACUGUAGUCGUUGCUCACGGAUGGCUUAGUAACCAAAACACUGACAUAAAUCCAACUAUCAGAAAUGCUUUUCUCGGUAAAAGUGAUGUGAACGUAAUAGUCCUAGACUGGAGAAGACUCGCUAUUUCUACUUAUCCAACCGCUGUAGCCGGAGUACCAGAUGUAGGCAAAGGUCUAGGAAGGUUCCUUAACUUUCUCAACAGAGUCACGGGGGCUCCAUUUAACAGGAUGCAUUUAAUUGGAUUCAGUUUAGGUGCUCAUCUUGUUGGAAAUGCUGGUCGAGAGCUAGGAGGAAGGGUUGCACGUGUCACUGGCUUAGAUCCAGCUGGUCCCCUGUGGAAUACAAACCGAAACCGUUUCCGGGCAUCAGAUGGAGUGUAUACUGAAGCUAUUCAUACUGAUGGCUCGGCUGUAGGACUUGGUAUUGGAUCUGCUGUUGCUGACGCCGACUUUUUCCCUAACGGUGGAAAAUCACAGCCUGGUUGUGCUACAUCUCUUUGCAACCAUAACCGUGCCUGGGAACUUUUCGCAUCGACGGUCACUCGUAAUCACCUUGUCGGCAGACGUUGUUCUAAUACUAGUCAGGUCAAUAAUGACAGAUGCAGUGGAAACUCUUUGAAUAUGGGCAACGACGACCUUAACAAGAGAGGAUCUGGUUUAUACAGAGUUAAUACUAGAAGAAGCUACCCAUACUAA